CCCAUUUGGUUAGGAAGAAGAAGCCUAAUACUAACCUAAUGCCAUCAUCAUCGUCUCAGUUAUAGAUUUUUCAUUUCGAUAUAGUAAUAAAAAUGCCUCCCAAACCGAAGCUCUAUAAAAACACAAAUAAGUCAGCAUCAAUUCAAAAUGUAGCAUUUACUAGUGAACCUUGUCAAUCCAACGCGGAUCAAUUAGUCAACGAUCAAUUCGAAAUUGAGCUGAGUUGGUGCAUACAACAAUUACAGAUCGCCAUUAAAAAUACAAACUUAACUAACAGACAGGUUCAGGAUCAUACAAAAAGCCUAAACACCUUAAUGAGUAAUAAAACUCCCCUUGUGCAGAAGCGUCAAGUUAUGAGGCUUUCGUUCGGCGACUAUCGAACCAAAAUGGCGCUUGAAGAAAAAAAGGCUGCAAAAAUCAGCAUGAAAAUGGUAUCCGGAAAGCCCAAUUCCAAAUCUAUGUUCGUCAAAAAAGCAGUAAACUCAUGUGGUGAAAAUGAUUUUAGGUUUAAUUUUCAAUCCCAAGAAUGUAGAGAUAUUUUAGACCAUAAUCUGGAUAACAAUUUAUCUAAACCAGAGGAACUGACCUCAGUGAACAGAAAAUUUAAGCCAUCUGAUAACAACUUUCGAUUUAACUUUGACAGUGUAACUGCCUAAUAAAAUGAUUUUUGUAAUUUUAUUCUUGCUUGUUUGUAAUUAUGUAAUUAAGAUGUGAGACAAUGUUGUGGCCAA